AUGGGGGAGCAGCAAUAUUAUUCAUACUACUCUCAGGCAGCGCUUUCUCCUCCUCCUCCUCCUCCUCCUCCUCCUCCCGCUGACGAAGAAAGGAAACUCUUCCCACCCAGCAGCUCACCUUCUUCUUCCUCCUCCUCCUCUGCAGAUCUCAUGAGCAGUAAGAAAGCAGGAGGUGGCGGCGGUGGUAGUAAGGCGGCGGCGGCGUACAGAGGGGUGAGGAGGCGGCCGUGGGGGAAGUACGCGGCGGAGAUAAGGGACUCGACCCGGCACGGGGUGAGGGUGUGGCUGGGGACGUUCGAGACGGCAGAGGCGGCGGCGAUGGCCUACGACCAGGCGGCGCUGUCCCUCCAGGGAGCCAAGGCCGUCCUCAACUUCCCCGUCGAUGAGGUCAGCAGGUCCCUCCGGGAGAUCGGCAGCGGCGGCAGCAUAUUCGAGGAAUAUUCUUCCCCUGCUCAGGCGCUCAAGAGGUCGCAUUACAUCAAGCGGAAGGCACUCGGCCGGAGCAAGAGAGAGAAGAAGACGCCGCCGUUUGAGACGGGCCGACGGAAGAAGGAGGAAGUAGUGGAGUUUGAAGAUCUCGGAGCGGCUUUCUUGGAGCAGUUGCUGUGUGAGAGCUCCUCCGGCGGGGUAGCUGCUGCAGAUUAG